ACCACCGAAACCAUGGCAGUGACAAAACAAAGCGCCGCGUACUUAACCCCAGAWGCACUGRGCCCCAUUUUCGCGUCUAAAAGCGAGUUUUUCCCCACUUUCAGCUGCUGRUUGGUCCCCAUUGGGUGCAGAAACCAGACCCGCUAGAGCGGUGCUCUUUGCGCCUCUGGAUAGAGCAAUAGUUCUGCUGAUGUUCCAGCCSSCAGRCGAUCGCAAUGGACAAAUACGAGGUGAUCGGCACCUUGGGCGAAGGCUCCUUUGGGCGCGUGUACAAGGCGAAGCAGCUGGCGACCCAGACGUUUGUGGCCCUGAAGGUGAUUAGCAAGCGCGGGCGCUCGCCCAAGGAGCUGAAGGGGUUCAGGCGCGAAUGCGAGAUCCAGAGGGACCUGCACCAUCCGAACAUCGUCCAGAUGCUCGACUCGUUUGAGACUGAGAACGAGAUGGUGGUGAUCACGGAGUUCGCCCCCAAGGAGCUGACGGGGCUCCUGCGCCAGGAGAGCUUCCUGGCGGAGCCCAAAGUGCAGAAAAUCGUCUGGGAUUUGGUCUCCGCCUUGUACUACCUGCAUUCGAAUCGGGUGCUCCAUCGGUUUAUCUGGAAGUGAAAGUGGUGCCCAAUCUGAUCUACGCGGUCAAGCUGCUGCUGCGCACCGCGCCUCAGAACGCCUCCUCUGAGUCAGCCGACGACGUGCCGACGCUGAUCCUCUUCAGAACCGCCGACCAGCUGGACGCUGAGCACCUGCAAGCCUUGGAGCACGUGCUGAUGCUGGUGUGCCAUCUGGUCCAUCUGCAGGACGCGUUUCUGAUCCACUUCUGCGACGCCGUGCUGAUCAUCAACGUGUUCGGCCUGUUCAACAUGCUGUUCGCUCUCGGCAAGCGGCGGCUGCGCAUCCUGCUGGACCUGAUCUCCAUCCUCACGCACACCCUGAGGAAACAGCCGGAGAAUGCGGAAAUUGUCGCGAAAAUCCUGCUGGUCGAGGACGCGAAUCAGUUGCAUUUGGGCGAGCUGAUGCGCAACUCGCACGCAGGCAUGCGCGAGCGCUGUUGCCACCUGCUCCUGAUGAUGGGGCGACAUCUGCCGGAGGCCUCAAUGCAGCAGCUCUGGAGCGAGGAGGUGCAGGACACCUUGGAGGCGCUGGUCUUCGACUCGAUCGAAAGCGUGCGCAACGCCGCCGAGCUCGCAGUGAUCGAGCUGAAAGCGUGCAAGUUCUACCUCAAAACCUCCCAAUGUUAACUCCAAAACGUCUAUUGAGGAUGCAACAAGCUACAAACCGUCCUCCAGACGAUGGUCGGCGUAAAACUGGGUGAGUUGCAGCACGCAAGCGGCCAUGCGCUGAUGGUACUGGCGCAAAUCGCGCAACACCUGCUCAUCGCGGUGGCUGUGGUCGAGCGCAAGCGUGUAGAACAAGUCGCUCCGAUUGGGCGCGAAUCGGGACAUAACCUGCAAAACGGGCAGUGAUUGGGCGGCCGCCAUUCUGUCUAGUGUGGAGGGGGACUUGCGUUGAACAGCUGCGUGCCCAGCCAGCCGUGGUAGGGCUCCAACGUUUCGGAAUAGGCCUGCUGCAUCAUCGGGACCAGGUCCUGCGUGGCGCGCUCGCUCUCGCUGUCCAUGAUGAUGCACUCGAAGAACUGGCUCAGAAAGUGGAGGGCUCUGCAACAGAAGCGCUGUUGCUCAACUCAGAUGGGGCAGAUGGAUCAGGGGCAACCUGCGCAGCCACAGCAGGGCGUCGGUGGCAACCAUGCCGCCCUCCACCUGCUCCCUCAGGAUCAUCUCCUCCAGGUGCGCGUGCGAUGCGCAGUCUUCCUCGUAUCGGUUCCUCAGCUUCUGCACAUACACGGAAACCCCCACUCAUUUUUUUGUGCUGAUCAGCAGGGAUUGAUUUUGUCAAAAAUUUGACAGCUGUCAAGACAGACGUAUUCAUAAAACGCUUUUGACAGCUUUUUUUUUAUUACUUCUGUCCAUAACGAUUUGACGUGAUUCAUUGUGGACUGUUUUAUUAUAUUUUUUUAAUUUUUCACCAUUGUUGACUGCACUGUACGUACUUUAUGUUGUAGCAUUUUGUUUUUCUUUUCUUCACUCGCUUUGUCCGAAAAAUUUGUGAAUUUUUCCGUGACAAUGAAGCAUCUUUUGACUUGAUUUGAUUUGUAUUCGGAAAUAACUGUCAUUUUUGACAUAUGACAUAAACAGGUGGUUUUUUUAAUGGAAUAGUUGAUGGAAGUGAGCCAUGGAAAAUUGUGCAAGGCAUGUUUCCAUAGCAACAAAUAAUAACCACGUCUGUCAAAUUAGUUUGACAUUCAAGUUUAGAGUUACUGGGAAAAUUAAGUGAGUUUUAUUGUAAAAAUGACGAAAAACGCGACCGGAUUGAAACCGAUUUUGAGAGGUAUUUUGACAGUCGUCAACUGUCUUUGACAAUUCGAAAAAAUGGCAUAAGUUUAUGUCAAAUGUCAAAAUUUACAGUUAGUUUGUAAACAUG